AUGAAUACUACAGGUGAUGAACCGAAUAUAACCUCAGUAACUUUCUACGCUCUUCUGGGAUCUGUAGGGAUUCUCGGGAAUGGCCUCGUUCUCGUGGUCAUGAUCAGCAUCAAGGAGCUACGGACAACCACCAACGCCUUCAUCAUCAACCAAUCCGUCAUCGACAUGAUGACGUCGAUUCUUCUCUUCGCGAUGUUCAUCGCUCCUCCCCUGUCUGUGCCAGAAAGUGAACCCGCCGCCGAGUUCGUCUGCGCUAUCUGGAACUCCAAGUACAUCUUCUGGGCAAUGACUGUUGCUUCGACGUUUAAUCUAGUUCUCCUGACGUUAGAGCGGUAUGUUGCGGUUGUGUUCCCAGUUAGCUACCGCAACCAUUUCAGUAACCGCCGCACCCCGGCUCUGGCCGCGGUUCCUUGGAUAAUUGGCUUCGUGUACAAGAUCUACUGGGCUGUAGUCAAUCAGCAUUCGAAUGGCAACUGCGACGUUCAAUAUACCAGUCCACAGCUGAAGGUUCUCGCCGGGUGCAUGACGUUCCUCAUAACGUUUCUUCUCCCGUUAGUCAUCAUGGCGUUUGCUUACUCUAGCAUUGAGAAGACGCUUCGUCAACGGGUUGACAACGACGUCGCAGAGUCAAACAGACGUCACACUAUGAAUGCAGAUCGCACGCCGAAUCCACCAGCCAACCACCGUGAAAGGGCGAGGGUCGAAACUGCACUCAUACAAGUGGCCAAGAAGCAGACUACUAAAUACCAACCACAUUAG